AUGCCCCCUCGACCAGUUAUCAAAACUAGACAAGGUCGGCCAGUGUCUGCAGUAUACAUUGGAAAAGGGCCCAGUCCGAGCCUACAGGAUCUGUCCAACAAUGCGUCGGGUUACGCUAGCUUAAUCGACGGUACACCACCUACGCUCCCCGAUCUCCCUGAGCCUGCCAGCCCAGUUUCAAGUCAUGGAUCCGUUAAAUCAGGGCUGCCUUCUCCACCAGCCACAAACUCAACUGGAAGUGGGAGCACAGGAGAUCCUGCGACCAUAGCGCUCCGCCAGCGACCGCUCUCCCACCAUAGUAACAGCAGUACCAGCACAGGGGGGGCCACACCUGUGGCGCGCAGCAGUAGCAGGUCAAGCACGCGGAGUGAGGAUCGCUUGUCAGAUAUGAAGAUAGAGGAUCUCGGAGGGGUUGAGGGUGACUUUGACGACGAUUACGAUAAAGAAAAUGACAUCGACAACGAGAGCAACUUUGAUGGAGAUGAUACCGCCAGAUUGGAUAGAAGAUUGUUGGCGAAUAAAAACAUGUCGGAAAGCGACCUGAGGAAGAGUUCGAGCGAACACAUUACAGCACUGCAAAAAGUUAAAACUUUGGCACAACGGAACCGAAUGGCCCUUGACAAGCUAUCUAGGCUGGGAUCGCCUUCACCUGCCCGCUCAGGAACACCUAAUACUCGCUCUCCAGCGCCGUCCCAUUCAUCGUCAAAUUCUUCUAAACCCUCAAAUUCGAACCCACUGAGACAACCCCGCGCUCUUCCCCCAGAAGGAUUCAAGGAUCCGACUAGAUCAGGUUCAGAAACCGAGCGUGAAUCUACACAUCAUUCAAACAGCAAUAGCACUCAUUCUUCCCAGUCUACUUCGUCACGCAACCGCUCUUCGUCGUCUUCAUACCAGCAUUCACCUUCUGUAUCUUCAUCUCAACUUUCAACCACCACACCGCCUCCCCAACCACAAAGUAAUAGUUCAUAUCAUCGUCGACGGCAGGUCUCGGCGCCAACAUCGCCUAACCAGUCCCGCGUUUCUGGGGCGGGUUCGUCAGAAUCAUCGGCGUCAACAUCAAAUAUCAUGGAAAGUCCUUCCAACCGCCGCCGUAAUCGCCUGUCCGUAGCCAGUGUUUCUCAGCUCCAAUUGGCGGACUUCACGGAAGAGGAUGACGAUGAACAUGAUCUUGGUCCUAAGACUGCGACCGGCACAGCGAAGGAUCGCACGCGUGAACGUACACUAAACGAAAGAGAUCUCAUCAUCCAGAGCGCCCUUGCAGCCGCUGCUACCUCCAGGAGCAGUCCUUUGGGGAACCGGAGGCGUUCCGCUCUGCCCAAGGAGUUUAGAUCGGAUCUGGCGGAUGAAAAUUCAAGUUCGAAGCACGCCAGCGGUCGACAUAGCGCUGCCGGAAGAUACGAAAUAGACGACAAGCGUGAGAGUUGGAAAAACAAAGAACCUGUAACGCCCUUUCGUCCUACCGCCAAUGUCGGUCGAUCUUCGACAUUACGUGACACUCGCCAUAGCGGUGGCUCCAAUGGUCGAUGGUCGAGCGAUGAUUUUAGAUCAUCCGCAACAGUGCGAGAUCGUGCUAACAACUCUUCGUUGUUGAACGAAGACUCGCGGCGUGAAAGAAGACAAAGCUUGAGGGGAGGGAGCGCUGAGAGCAUUCUGGGAUGGAGUCCAGGAGGAAGGAGUCUACUGGGAGAAGGCUUACGAGCUGCGGGACUGAGCAGGAGGAAAGACGAUGAAUCGAGAGGGCCUCCUAGUGCUUCUACUGUUGGGAGUGACGUCUUCAGGGAAAGAGAGUUGUAUACAGAUAGGGAUAGGAGAGUUGAUUGGAGUCCCCAGGACAUCUUGCAAGAAGGAAGAAGGAAAGUAUUUUCUGAAAGGGAAAGGGAUAAGCAACCUGCUCGCGCCUCGACCUCCAUGGCCCAUUAUCAAUAUCGUGAUCAAGAAGACGAUACAGCAGAAGAAUCUCGUGAACGCGAAGGAGGACGAGAACUUGUCAAGAAUCGGCAUAGAAGCGAUUAUGGUUUGUCUUCUCGGGAACAUGAUAGUAGGCGGGAGCCAUCUAUAAGCCGGCGCGAACGCACCUCACUACCUGCUGAUCGCGCCGAAUCUGCGUUAGGUCGAUACCAUAAUCCACCGGUACCACAGUCGCCGGCAUUGCUCGCUGCCCAUCUUCAGGACCGACGCUCGACUUCCAGCCCCUUUGGAAGCCGAAGAUAUAGCGUCAGCCACUCAAACCUUACUUCAUCGCAAUCACAGCUGGAGCCUGCAAAAUUACUUCUCGAAAGCUUGUCCAUGUUCGAAUCCCAGUUGAACAAACUUCCACUUUCUGUGUCAACGAGUAGCACCGGGACGGGCUCUUCCCAAGUCGAGUUAUCAAGGAAUGCCCAAGGAGUCGUGUUUUCUGCCGAACGUCUGUCUGCAUUGAUGAAACAUGGUAGCACGAAGGCUUUGGAAGCACAGGUGGCGACCGAGGUUGAUUCCACCUCAAACGAUGCCAGUCUCAAGGAAAUCGCGGACAUUUGGGGCAAGGUCGCAUCUGAUUAUCGAGACGGUUCGAGAGUGGCUGAUGAACUUGUUCGUGGCCUCACUGCUCUUCUUCUUGGGAUGGGACGCGUGGUUCGAGAUUUCAGUACCACGUCUAGUGAGUAUGGUUCACCUCUGGUGCAUGGGCGCCACGCCAGCCUCGAUGAAGAUCGUCCAGAUGCUAGCAGCUCAACGUCGGGUGUUGUGGACGGCAGCAACAGUGCUGAGAGUGGGCGGCACAGUUCUGCUUCAAGGAGGAGCUGGGAACCAUUACCGCGAGAUAAAGAGAAGGAUAGAGAGGAGGCACUGAGAAGGCUUGCUGGCGGUGGCACAAGGCCGGAGAGUGUACUAGCAAGAGCAUCGCCCGCAACAUUCCAAAAGCUGAAAGAUAGGGCGAAAGGGUUGGAAGGGUCAGGGCAGUCGUCUGAAAAUAGGGAUUCUGUGCCACUGCCCAGAUCAUCUGGAUCGAUAAGGAGGUUGUUUACUCCAAGAGAGCAACGCGAAAAAAUGUUGGACGCCAGGGCUGCAAGUGUCAAUGCAGUUCUGAGAGGAGGAGCUAAUUUGGCCACUCUCGAUUCCCAAGAAACAGUGAAGGAACAACCAAAUUUUGAAUCCCCCACUCCUGCCUCGAAAACGCGACCCAGUCCUCCUCAGCGACAGAAAACUCUGACCCCUCUCUCCAUUCCUAAGCCAUUGCCUGUUCUUCCUUCUGAAACGCAAGUUCGUCGUUCUUCGGCAAGCUUGGCUGUCUCCGCGAACAGUGAUAAAUCGACUUCAUCACGUGAUAGAGAGCGAAGGAGAUCAACCCUGAGAGGAGCUGAACGCCCCUCUUUCCCUUCCAUCACCACUCCUAGUAACGCUACUACUGCUGUCACUCCUCAUACUGUGAGCAAUAGUCCCGGAAUCACUUCACCACCUCUGCCACGCACGAACUCAGAGCAAUCGACGCGCUCUCAGGUCACCUUUUCUCGUCCCAUAGCUUCUUCAGUAUCAGCAACACUGUCAGACAUUCAUCAACAACAUGAAAGAAAUAGAACCCUCUCUGCCUCGAGUUCCAGUGCCGAAGCGGGAAACAGUGUCAUUCCGGACUCCAAGAUGCCCAAUCUAUCAGCUUCGGAAAGUGAGCGCGACGUGAAACCAAAGACUCUUGGGUCGCGGACUCUCAGAGCGUCGUUGGAUGGACAACCAGCGAAGGAAGAACGAAGUCCGGUUAUAAUUCCUCGCAAUGUCAAUGUGCAUGCUGCUGAUAGAAGUGCCGCCACCACCAUUCUGCAGCAAUCUGCAGGAUCCAGUCGCGAUCGGCGAAGAACUGUUACAGACAUUUGGCCUCGCGAGUGA